UUGGGAUAGGCCAUAACAACCACCCAACAAGGCGUUGUGCUACUAUGGGGAAAUACCGAACCGAACCGAUAGUAAAAUAACGGUUUUUGUUUAGUUUUUAGUCGAGGUAAAUGCUGAAAAUCCUCUGGAAAGUCGAUGCAAGUGGAAAUGAUCGCAUAUUAGGGAUCAAAUUUGGACGUUGACGUCGAGCCGUGCGUAAUGAGCAGAGUUGGAAAAAGAAGGUGUUGAGCUGCAUUUUUUCUCUCUCUCUGCCAGGGACAACUUGGGUCGGAGUACUGACUAAACUACGAGGGGAUACGAAGAAAAAUAAUGCCCACAAAGCUCUCCACAUUCUGGCAUGGCAGGCUGGGCCUGGGGCUCUGAGGACACUUCGGAGGAUCCGUGCCUGACCCACGACUGAGGAUUGAGAGGAAUACGUUGUCUGAGCAGAAUGACUCAGCAAGAGGGGGGACCCCCAAAUAGCAAGUGAAGAGAAGUGAGGAUGGGUGCCAAUGGAUCCAGCUAUCCACACUCUUGCUCCCCACGCAUAGGGGGAAAUGCACAGGCACAGCAGACUUUUAUAGGGACCUCAUCCUACUCUCAGCAGGGAUAUGGCUGGGAGUCUAAGUUAUACAGCCUGGAGCACGGCCAUGAGCGGCCCACAGACAGGAAGAAGAAGAGCCUUGGUUUAGCAACCCUCAAACGGAGGUUCAUCAAAAGGAGGAAGUCCAGCCGCUCUGCAGAUCAUGCGCGGCAGAUGCGGGAACUUUUAUCAGGAUGGGACGUCCGUGACACAAACGCUCUAGUGGAAGAGUAUGAGGGCACAGCAGCCCUCAAGGAGCUGAGCUUCCAGGCCAGCCUGGCACGUGCCGAGGCUCCCAGCUUGCAGCGGGAUCUUGCUGCCCUUUACCAGCACAAGUACUGCACAGAUGUGGACCUCAUCUUCCAAGGUACUUGCUUCCCUGCUCACCGGGCCAUCCUGGCUGCCCGCUGCCCCUUUUUCAAGACUCUGCUGUCCUCAUCCCCUGGCUAUGGAGCAGAGGUUCUCAUGGAUGUUGAGACAGCUGGCAUUGAUGUGCCCAUGUUCUCUGCCCUGCUUCAUUACUUGUACACUGGGGAGUUUGGGGUGGGUGGAGCGGAGGAUACCAGGCUUCAGAAUGUGGAUGUACUAGUACAGCUCAGUGAGGAGUUUGGCACACCCAACUCCCUGGAGGCAGAUAUGAAGGGCUUGUUUGACUACAUGUGUUACUAUGACGCUCUGCUCAGCUUUUCCUCAGACUCUGAGAUGAUAGAAAGCUGUAAUGAGAGAGGGGCUGUGGCUGCAGCACCAACAGUGGGCUCAGCAGGCAAUGGGGGGCCCAGGACCCCUGACGAGGACCUUAGGGCACACAAGGCCAUCCUCUCAGCGCGUUCUCCUUUUUUUAGGAACCUUUUGCAGAGACGUAUCCGCACAGGAGAGGAAAUGACAGAGCGCACAUUGCAGACACCCACCCGCAUAGUGCUUGAUGAGUCCAUCAUUCCACGGAAAUAUGUACAGGUUAUUCUCCACUGCAUGUACACGGAUGUGGUGGAGCUUGGGUUGGUGCUGCGGGGUAGCCCCUCAGCAAGCAGCCUCGGUGAGGUGCAAGCCCUCGUGUCAGGGGGCCGUGGGGCCAGCACCCGCACUGAGGAGGCCAUGGAGCUGUACCAUAUCGCUCUAUUCUUGGAGUUCAGUAUGCUAGCUCAAGGCUGCGAGGAUAUUGUUGUGGAAAGCUUGUCUCUGGACUCACUUGUCCCCAUCUUGAAGUGGAGCUCCCAGCCGUAUGGCUCUAAGUGGGUCCACAGGCAGGCCAUGCACUUCCUCUGCGAAGAGUUCAGUCAGGUUGUCACUUCAGAUGUUCUCUACGAGCUCAGUAAAGAGCACCUUCUCAGCGCAAUUCAGUCUGACUACCUGCAGGCAAGUGAACAGGACAUUCUCAAGUAUGUUGUUAAGUGGGGCGAGCAGCAGCUUAUUAAGAGGAUGGCAGACAGGGAGCCCAACCUGUUGAGCGGCACAGCUCACAGCGUAAACAAGAGGGGUGUGAAAAGGAGAGACCUGGAUGUGGAAGAGCUGAAAGAGAUCCUGUCUCCCCUCCUGCCCUUCAUCCGAACUGAGCACAUCUUACCUCCCAACAGUGAUGUCCUCGCUGACGCGCUUAAAAGGGGUUUGAUUAGCACCCCUCCCUCAGACAUGCUGCCCACGGCAGAGGGGGGAAAAGCCAAUGCUUGGUUACGACAGAAGAACGCUGGCAUCUAUGUGCGUCCCCGCCUCUUCUCUCCUUACGUGGAGGAGGCUAAGUCUGUACUUGAUGAAAUGAUGGUGGAGCAAACAGACCUGGUGCGUUUGCGACUAGUGCGCAUGUCCAACGUCCCAGACACGCUCUAUAUGGUCAACAAUGCUGUGCCUCAGUGCUGUCACAUGAUCAACCACCAGCAAAUGGCGGGCAAUUCAAACACAGCUCCAUCUGUUGUGGCCAAUGAAAUUCCAGUGCCUCAGCUGUCAGUGGUGAAGGAAAUGAUCCGGAGGCUGCAGGAGCUGAGACACACAGAGCAAGUCCAGAGAGCUUAUGCCCUAAACUGUGGUGAAGGAGCCACCGUCAGCUAUGAGCUGCAGCUGCGGGUGCUGAGGGAGUUUGGUCUGGCAGACGGAGCCACUGAGCUACUGCAGAACCCGUACAAGUUCUUCCCUGAUGAACGGUUUGGCGAUGAGAGUCCAAUUCUGGCUCUGCGCCAGGUGGGUCGUUGUCGGGUAAACAGCAGCCCAGCCAUGGAUAGCAUGUUCACAGAGCUGGAAGGGGUAGUGGGCUUCCACCCACCCCUACCUCCUCCACCUCCCCCAUACCACCCCCCUGCCACACCCAGCCAUGCUCAGCUCAAGGGUGCUUGGCGUCCUCGUGUGCCCAUGCCGACCCCCACCCGUUCCUUCUCCUAUCCCUGCAACCGCACCCUGAUCCAGCGCCAUGCAGCUGCCAAGCAUGGCAGCUCAGAGUACUCCUCUGUGCCCAGGCCCCAGCCCCCAGACUGCACCAACCCGCAGGCCAUGGGCCGAGCUUUGCUUUCAGACCAGCAAGCGAUGAGCAUGGAGCCUGUUAUGAGGGAGUUCAUGCCUGACAUUGCACUGGGAGUGUCAGUCAUGUCCCUGAGGGAGCAGCACAUGGUAGAGAUGGACAGAGAUGGCCCUCACAGCCCCAUGGGCCCCUCAGGCCACCAUCUGCCCCAUGGGCCCUGCCCUUCUGCCCGCCUCAGCCAUGGCCAUGGACCUGGACAUGGCCACUCCUGCAAGAGACAUGCUCCUGAACCCAAGCUGGAGGCUCAAGCCGAGUUCCCUGACCUGUAUGACUUCUCCUGCCGACCUGCAACCCCAACCUCCGCUCACCCUCUGCCCUCCUUUGCAGGACCAGACCUCUACAGCCACAGCUGCAACCCCUCCAGCUCCUAUCCACCCCCCUACAUUUCUGACUCUCAGUCCCAGGGCCACAUGCAGGGACGGACUGCCCCAGACCCACUACGGCUAGAUGUCCUCAGUAUGACCUCUCAGAGGCAUGAUGGAGUCCUUGCCAGUCCUUCUGGGGCCCAGCUGAGGAUGGGACAUAUCCCAAGGGGGAGAUCCAAUGAGACAGACCUGACACAUGGCCUAGGCCAUUUACGGUCCCCCAGUGGAAACAUGGACAGCUAUGAGGAGAGGCACACAGGACCUAGAGACACCCCAGAAGACAUGGUUCUAGCUGGAGAAUCAUCAGGCCCGGGUCCCCUCCAGCAGCCUCACAGGAACAGUGUCAGCGAGGAGAUCGCCAGAGACCGCAGGUCACCCAGCAAGCCUGACUACCCUUAUAAGAAAUCUGCACUUUAACCCCGGUUGAGGGCCAGGGGUUGAGUUAAGAAAAGGGAAAAAGUGAUGAGUGGCUGUCCAUCAUAAUGGAUGGAAAUGCACUAAAUGUGUGCUUGUGUAUAUGUGUGUGUGUUUGACAGGAGCAGGGAAAAGGGGUGGUCAAUGGUUGCUAUUUAUAGGAUCUGUUCUUUUGUCCUACCUCUAUCACACUGUGCCAUCCAUCACACAGUCAGAAAGAGUAAGAGCUGUAAGUUAACUGUCAAUGUUUGUAAUUGAUCUCUGCAACCCUGCCUGGUCCUGCUGGUUUAGAGAAUGACUCAGGCACUCCUGGUAUGGAUUGGUCUCUUGAGUUUGAUUGUAAAGAAAGGUUAGCUCUAUGCUAUGUGAAUCCUGCGUGAGGAGGUCACAACAUUAGAUGUAGCUCAGUUAUGAACUGAUGGUUUAACAAAGACUAUAUCCAUUAGCUCUGCUAUCUCUCGAUUAUUUUCAGGAUACAAUGGGGAGAUGGCUGGAUAGGAAUCUCAAUUUACACAAGCGAACAAUGGCACACAGUCUGGGACAAAGUAUUGUGAUAAAAUCAUAUGUAAAUACGUCUGGCUGUAUUCUUUCCUCCCGUGACUUGUAUUUCCAUUUCUUCCUGUAGCAUGCCUAUAGCAACCCACCUGACUAGUUUUCCCCUCCUGGCCAUGAUUCUGCAGUGCUGAUGAGUAAUUGGCCAAGGCUUUGUCACACAAAGCAGGAAUUUGAUCCGACAGGAAGUAGGUCAUCAGAGCUCGUCAUUCUCCAGUAACCCAGUCUGAUAAUUGUGUCAGGCUUUAACUAUCGCAGCCUCUCAGUGUCUAGCUUAGGGGCAGAAGCCUGGUGUUUUUCAGAGAAGUGGAGGAGGCAGGAGGAUUGCGGGCGGGUUCAUUACUGAGAUACAGUAGAAAAUAUAGGGGUGCCAUGGCAACUGACGUACCGUGAUCAAAUGGAGUGUGGGGCGGGGAGGGGUUUGUUGGUGUUGCAGCUGGAACAGGUGUGUGUGUGUGUGUGUGUGUGUGUGUGUAUGUGUGUGUUUGUUUGUGUGUGUGUGCGUGAGAUUAACUUUGAUACACACAGGUGUUUAGACAAUCUCAGUACUGUACACUCCCAUCUUUAGUCAGGUCUGUUUGUACAUAUCAGAGAGACUGAGAUGAUUAACUGUAGUCUAUGGCACAGAGAGUGUGCUAGAGCUCCCUCUUGUUAUGUUUAAUCCAAUAGCAUCAAGUAACAAAUCUAAAGCCUUAAUCAGUGCUUGGAAUAUUCCGUUUUAGCUACCUUUAUUCAAUUAAGUAUGAUGUCAUUAUAUCGCAACCCCUGUUAAUUGCUUUUUUGACUGUUCUGUUCACUACAGGCACAUUCACGGCAGUUGAUCUGGGUGGUAGCGGUGGAUUUCACUAAACCCAAAUGCUAAAAUUAUGUAUAUACAUUUGGCCUCCAACUCACCACCGGGGGAGAUUGUGGGAGAUUGUUUAUCUGCAUAGUCAGUGUUUAUACUGUUUAAGAGCCGCAGCAGCUGUAGCUCCACAACCUUGCAAAUACACACAUAAAAGCCUGUUACAGCCAACAGCUGGCAUACAACCUCACGUACGCAUAUCAUUGCACUGUAGGAGCCACCUGUUCAUUAGCUGAAGGGAAAAGGAACAAAUGAAUUUCGAACAAUAGGAAUCUUAUAUUGAAGAAAAGUUGGCGAUUGCAGGCUCAUAUCUCCAAUGGAAAUUGUAUAUAAUGAAUUGAGUUCCACAUGUUCUGAUGAAUUUUUAAUGGUUUCUAUCACAUUUUAGUGGUUGUUGAAGGUUUGUGUUUUUACUGUAGUGGACAACACUGUGUACUUGUCUUUGUCAUGAAAUCUCACUAAGAAUGUGUGGUAUAAAACAUAAAGAUUGUGUCUCAGAAUCUAUUUCAUUCUUAAAUGUCGCGCAUUUAGGGCAGUCUGUUCAAUAUUGUAGGUGGUGUGGAUUACCAUGUUUGUAGAGAUGUCCCCCCCACCCCCCACCCUAUUUUCCUUUUACUUUAAAAGUAACAGGAAUAUGUAGAGGAUCUGAGGUUAUUAGCUCUCUGCUUAGCAGUAAUGAAGUUGCCAAGCAGAAAAAUCAUUUUUCCAUCUAGGUUGCUUCAUGGGGAAAAAAUGCAAAACUCCAGAUUCCUCCAUGUUCAUGUUGGGUAGUUGUUUUAUUUUCCAGGACAAUGUUCCAUUGAAUAAAAGUCCUUGUUUUGCUCUUUGCUGUAGAGAAGUCAGUGCCUUCCCCCGCCUGCGGCUGGGCUUUUAUUGGAGAAGUGACUUUGAUGUCUAUGCAAGCUCUUUUCUACCAGCUUACCAGCCUGCAUCAAAUAGUUCUUUAAAAUCUCAUGUAGCUCGUUUUGUGUACAUAGUGUUAUUUAGCACCUUUGGAAAUUGAACCAUCUGAAAUGUGUGAUUGCUUGUGUUGAAUUCUAACAGGUACAUUGUACUUGUAUGGUAUCAUAGAAAACAUGUUUGUAGAUUGAUAUUAAGUUGCAUUUAGUUUCACUGAAUCUAUUUUUCUACUGUCACCUCAAAAGGUGCAUAACAGUGGUCAACUUGUGCAUCCUCAAAAUAAACUGGUUUGAUAUUAUGGAA